AUGCGCGAGCAAGGCCGCCGAGAGGCGCGUCCGCACGUCUUUGUGCGGACGCCGAAGCAGAAACCACAGCAACCGAUGUCUCAUCGGUUGCUGAAGCGUCCCAGCCUGUGUCACGUGGUGAUGCAGGCGCUCGUCAUGAAGACACUCAUGUCUUCACAGAGUAUGAGCUCGGUGUCUCAUACUCUCCUGAUACAGAAGACGGAUCCGUAUCACGGCGAUCGAAUCCAAGCCGCCUGCCAAGCGCGGCAUGGAUGA